AUGGGAAAACCUUCCAAGUGGAAGGAGAGGAAAUACAAAGAUGGUAUCAAAUGGAAGUUUCUGGAACAUAGAGGUCCACUGUUUGCCCCAGCGUAUGACUCACUGCCUGAUAAUGUGAAGUUUUAUUAUAAUGGAAAGCCCAUUAAGUUGAGCUUGGCAAUGGAGGAAGUGGCUGGCUUUUUUGCGAAAAUGCUGGACCACGAGUACACAAUGAAGAAGACUUUCUGAGAGAACUUCUUUGCUGACUGGCAGAAGGAAACGACCAUAGAAGAAAGGAUGUUUCUCAUCGACCUUACCAAGUGUGACUUCAAUGAGAUGGCUACCUACUACAAAAGAAAGAUGGAAGAAAAGAAGAAUCUGUCAAAAGAAGAAAAGCUAAAAAUAAAGGAAGCCAAUGAGAAAGUUGUUCAGGACUUUGGCUACGGUGUCCUGGAUCAUCAUCGAGAGCAAAUUGGUAACCUCAGGAUAGAGCCUCCUGGUUUGUUUCAUGGGCGAGGAGACCACCCCAAGCAGGGGAUGCUGAAGAAGAAAAUCCUCCCUGAAGAUGUUAUCAUCAACUGCAGCAAAAGUGCAAAGCACCUUUUGCCCCCACCAGGACACACAUGGAAAGAAGCUUGUCAUGACAAUACUGUCACUUGGUUGGCAUCUUGGACAGAAAACGUGCAGGGAUCAGUCAAAUAUGUCAUGCUGAAUGCCAACUCUAAGCUGAAGGGAGAAAAGGACUGGGAAAAGUAUGAUGUUGCCUGGAAGCUGAAGACCUGUGUGGACAGGAUCCGGGCUCAGUACUGCCUGGACUGGAGAGCCAAGGAAAUGAAGCUGCGGCAACAAGCAGUUGCACUUUACUUCAUUGAUAAGGUAGGAAAUCCUGAGACAAAAUGACCCCUGACUGAGACCCAUGCUGAAAGUAGUGUGGGGCUGGAUGGCUAAUGGGAGGGCAGUAGGAUGUAGAUCUGAUAUCUCUGGUUCUGAUCCAGCUUGCUAGUGGGGAAAACAACAACCUCGGUUGGAAAUGAUCUGUCUGCCAGCCAGUCA